UGCUGAAGACAGUGAAGGCACAUCGCAGCGCAGCUCUACUGUAACAAAAGAGGGAUCGAUUUCUGCGAUUUUAAUUAGCGAUCAUGAGCAGCACACAAUCUUACAGUCGCUUCAGUGAUGAAAACUACAAAAACUGGCUGAAAACAACGGAGAGUCUUUACAUACUGAGGACUCGCAUUCAGGGCUUCAUCGAAAAGGAAACCGAAACUUAUCACAGUUCUCUUCGAAACAAACCUCAGCUCAAUAGACAGACCUGUGCGCUAAAGUGCGAACGUGCGAAUAAGCAUCUCUGCCGGUUGUGUGAACACUGGAAGAAGGAAAUCGUUGCCAAUCAUAAUGGGAAUGGUAAUCGUAUGUACUGGGACAACUGCCGGCCUCAUCUAUGGCCCACAGAUAAGUGGGAAGUUGCCAAAGCACAUAUGCCACGUGGGCAGACAAAACAUCGCAAGUUUGACCAGUUUGAUAUUGCUGCCAUCCUAAACUUAAUGAAUUUCUGUAAACAUUUCAAGAUCCCAGGACAAUGUGUGAGAGACGUAAUAACUGUACGGAACAAUGUAAUGCAUUCACCUGACUUCAAAGUGAGCAAUGAGGAAAUGAAAAAGCAUCACAAAACGCUCCUGCAGCUGGCCGAGGAGCUUGAACCUCAUGUCCCAGAAAUGAAAGACUUGGAAAAGGAGAUAACACAGUUUUACAACAUCUUGGACAAGAAUUUCAAUCAAGCCCCGUGUGAGGUAGAUGGCCAACAGGAAGAUCUCCAGACCGUGAAAGACCGCCAGAAUGUUCUGGACCGUGAGCAGCAGGCCAUGAAAGAUAGGAUUGAAGACUUUAUCUCAUGCUUGGAGGGGAACCUAGAUGAAAAUGUCAAAGAAAAACCUCAGGACAUGAAGAGUCUCCUGGACUUCCUGGACCAAAACAAAGAUCUCCUGGAGAACCUAGGUCCUGAAGUUGACAAACUUAAAGAGAUGCAGGCAAAAGUAGAUCAACAUGAGGAGCAGAUCAGCCACCUGACAGGAAGAGUGGACCAGCUGGAGAAAGUGACACAUGCCACAGAUCCAGUGUUUCCUGGCAACCCGCUUAAAUACAAAAACCAUCUUUAUGAAUAUUGUCAGGCAAAGAAAUGGCCAGAGGACAAAUUUCCUGUUUUUACAGAGGAUCAAGAAGCCCAAGGUUACAGAGGUAAAGUGACAGUAAAUGGACAACGUUUCAUUGGCGAAAGGGUGUUUAACGAAAAAAAGGCCGCCCAUCAGGAGGUCGCAUUCAUUGCCCUCAAGCAGCUGAAAUUACAGCAAGAAAGCACAGAUGAACCGUCAAGCUCAGUCAUGCACUCUGAGGCCUCCUCUUCGUCUUCCUCAGGAAUCACUGUCUUUGGUAAAGUGACUGUGGAUCUCAGUCGAGAAGUUGCGUCUGAUAGAUGCUCUACAAAGGAAGAAGCGACUGAAGCAGCUUAUAAGGUUUUAUGGGAAAGUUUUUGCAUUAGUGCUCCAAUAGAAGGUCAGACAUACAAGUCAGUGACGAUGGAAUAUUUCAACACAAAUGGCUUCCCCAAACCAAUAGAAGAUUUUGAUGACAGCACAACCAUCUGCAAGCUCAAACUCGUUGGGCCUUUUACUUUUUGUGACAAAGAUGGCUCCACCAAGAAGAGACAGGCGGAGCAACAGGCAGCUAAAGUUGCUCUGCAGCAUCUGUCAGGGAUCCUCAACGCUCCUCCAAUAUUAGAUACUGAGAAGAACUUCAAAGGUGUUCUAAAAGAGCGUCUAGAGACACUGGGUCUCAAAAAUCCGGUUUAUGACACAGAUAAUAAAGCAGAGGUCAGUGAUGAACCCAUGUCCAUCGACAUCAGCUCGGACACGAUUACUUCUACAGUAUCCAUCAGUGAGGCCGAAGUGAAAGAUCAUUCAGAGUCUGAAAGCAUCUGCAGAUCAGCACAGCUCCCAUCAUGCCAAGAGUCAGUCCUUGUUACUGUUCCUGUGCAGCCGGACCCUCCAGACUCCAGCUCUCCAGCCUCACUGAGGAAAAAGCCCAGGAUUGACUGUCCAGGAAUCACUUUCUUUGGUAAAGUGACUGUGGAUCUUAAUCAAGAAGUUGCGUCUGAUAGAUGCUCUUCAAAGGAAGAAGCGGCUGAAGCUGCUUAUAAGGUUUUGUCGGAACGUUUUCACAUCUGUGCUCCAGCAGAAGGUCAGACGUAUAGGAUGGGGAUCAUGGAACAUUUCAACAGGCAUGAUUUACAAAAACUAACAGAAGAAUUUGUUGAUGACGACAACACAACCAUCUGCAAGCUCAAACUCAUUGAGCCUUUUACUUUCUAUGACAAAGAUGGCUCCAUCAAGAAGAGACAGGCGGAGCAACAGGCAGCUAAAAUUGCUCUGCAGCAUCUGUCAGGGAUCCUCAGCUGUCUUCCAGUAUCAGAUACUAAGAACUUCAAAGGUGUUCUGAAGGAGCGUCUAGACCAACUGGGUUUCAAAAAUCCCGUCUAUGAAACGGAAGAGUAUAAAGCAAAGACCAGUGAAGAGCCGGUCACCAGCGGUAUGAGCCCAAAUCUUUCAAACUUAUCUAUCAGUCAGGCAGCAGUGAAAGAGCAUUCAGACCUGAAGUCUGAAAGCAUCUCCACAUCAGCACAGCUCCCAUCAUGCCAAAAGUCAGUCUGUGUUCCUGUUCCUGUGCAGCCAGACCCUCCAGACUCCAGCUCCCCAGCUUCACAGAGGAAAAAGCCCAGGAUUGACUGUCCAGAAAUCAAUGAGCUGUUUAAUGUAUAUAAUCUCAAGCCACCACAAGUGAACGUGGAGAACAUAAAACAUGAUCAGAAUUUCAAAUGUACUGUGACAGUCAACCUGGAAAACUAUACUUGUGUCAACAAACAACAAGGUUACGACUCUAAGAGAGAAGCCACUCGAAAAGCCUACUUGUUAUUCGGCCGUGUGAUGGAAAUUUUGGAUCCUAGCUCAGAUGAAAAGAUGUGCAUUGCGCUGGUGAAGCAGCACUUUUCUCAGAGGUCUCUUACUCUUCCUCAGGAAGAAGUUGAAGAAUCUGAAAAGUCAUUUUAUUGUUCACUAAAGAACAUAACUUACGAUGUGAAGUAUGACGGACAAGGAUCUUCAGAGGAUGAAGCCAAGUUACGUGCUCUCCAGAACACCUUACAUUCACUAUCACCUCUCUUUGGUUAUCCUUCACUACCUGGAGCUGAUAGUGCUGAAGAGGUUCAGAAUCAGCUGAGCUCCAUGCUGAACAGGGCCGGUCAGAGAGAGCCUGUCAUUGACCUGAAGUCUGAGGAACGGGCCUCUAUCCAGCUGUCUUUCUGUGACUAUACGCUGAAGUGCACAUGCCAAAGCAACAAGAAAGCAGCUCGAAAUCAUCUCAGUGAACGCAUACUGGGUCUGCUGGGGGUAAAGACAGAAGCAGACAAUGCACCUUUGAGAAACUCUGUAGACGAGUGGUUCAAAAAGCAGAAUCUGCCACAGCCAGUGUUUGAGGACACAGAAGAGGUGCUUGGAGCAAAGGCUACUUUCUCUGCUCCGUUAACCUGCUGCAGUCCAGGCUGGGAAGACAGCUGGGAAACUGCAAAGUCGAAGCUGCUUCAAGAGCUCAAGCUCAGAUUUAGGUUUGUGGACGACAAAAACAAUUGAAAUUUAUUUUAGCUGGAAAAAAUUAGUCUGCAUGUCCUUGUCACCUACUCUAACUUGACUUGUCCUGGUGAAGAUUUUCAAACCUGGCUUGCAAUGUUAUCUAUUUUAAGGUGUUUCUUUUUCUUUCUCAAUACAAAUAUAGAUUUACAUUCUUAAAUGUACAUUUAUUUAUUACAUUUUAAAUUUCCCUGGGAUUUAAAUCAAUGGCCAUGGCAUUGAAUGAAACUAGAUGUAUUUGAAAGAUUUAUACCAGAGGUAUACCAACUAAACUCUUUUAACAUCAGAAGAAAAUUACAAAUCAACUAAAUGUAAUCGAAUGAAAAACCUGAAGUUCCGUUCAUUUUCCAAAAGGCACUGAUAUGGCACUGACUGAAAUUCCUUCAAAUUGAAUUGAGAUUCAGUUUCAGGGGUUUGUUGUCUUUGCUGGAAAACUAAUUUUAAUCCACUACUGUGCAUAUGAUUCAAUGAGAUGAGCUGAGCUACAUUAUUAACAGUUUGUUGGUCAAGUGAAUCUAUUCAUUCCACACUUGACUGCAGAGUCAUUUUACAGUAUUUACUUGUGUUGAGAAAUUGUAGUAUACUGUACAUGAAUCAGAUCUUCAUGGGCUUACAAGAGAAACUGAGCCAUACGAUGUGAGUUUUAAACACCAGCUUCUGUCUUUUGUAUAUUUAUUAAUCGUUUUGAUUAAUAUUGCCCUUGAACUGUUGAUUGUGCAAUUUGAAACCUGUUUACGGUAAACUACAAAAACCGUUACAAAACGCUAUAGUUUAUCAAGUAUAGUGAGGAUAGAAAAAGCAUUAUUGAUUUAGUAAUAAUGCAGUGUAUUUUUAAUGUAUUACAAUUGCUCUUUGGAAUACUUGAUUUUAAUCGGUACGUUCGUAAUAUUCAUGUGUAUUUCUGAAUAAUGACCGUUUUCCAGUACUACACUGUAUAACUGAC